AUGACCACCCAACAACAAAAAGCUUAUCUAGACCCCUUCACCACGGUCGCACAGUCGAACAAUGACUUGUCCGUGGACUCCAAAGUCGAGACACUCGGGAAGAUCCUCAAAGCAGCCCGUUUCUGCAUGAUGACAACGCUCUCAACCGACGGAAGCGAGCUUCACUCUCGGUGCAUGUACCCUGCCUCGACAGAGAAUCUCCAGUUUCAAUUUGUUGCAAACAAAGUUUCGUACAAGUUUGAAGAACUCAACAAGAACAACCUUAUUCAUCUUAGCUUCUUGGACUCGAAUUCGACGAGCUGGGCUAGCAUUACUGGGCACGCCACCGUCACUAAUGACCCAGAGCUCGUGAAGAAGCUGUGGAGUCCUACGCUCUCUGGGUACUUUGCAGACUUGCAGGAUGGAGUACACAAUUCAACUCCAUCCGACCCACGCAUCAGCAUCAUCACGGUGAAGACUCAGUCGGUGCGAUAUUGGUAUAGCACACAAGGUGCUGUAUCACACGCCCUCGACACGGCACGCGCCGCCGUUACUGGUAAACUCACCGUCCCAGGCGAGCUCUACACCCUCUCUUCCCAAGAGAUCCAAAAAGUGUGCGCUUCAAACAAGCCUUACAGUGCUAUGUGA